CGGCAAGUUCCCAUUUCAGUUUUUCAGGUCUUUCGCUUCCGGUUAACCAUGCCGUUCAAGAGGUUCGUUGAAACGGGCCGCGUCGCCUAUGUCAGCGAUGGGCCCCAUGAAGGCAAACUUGUCACAAUUGUUGACAUAAUUGAUCAAAACAGGGUGUUGGUUGAUGGACCGGCUGCAAAUAUACCCCGUGGUCAGAUGCGCCUUAGCCAAUUACACCUGACGAAAUUCCGUCUACGUUUUCCGUUCACUGGCUCGACUCGUGUUGUACGCAAGGCAUGGUCUGAUGGAAAAAUUGAUGAGAAAUGGAGCGAGUCCAUGUGGGCACAAAAAGUAGAAGCCAAGAAAAAGCGGGCUGCCCUCAGUGACUUUGACCGAUUCAAGCUGCGCAAAGCUAGACAGGUCAGAAAUAAGUUGAGGACACAUGCGUUCUUGAAGAUUAAGAAAAAGUCGAGGAAAGGAACUAAGGCUGCCGUUACAGCACCUAAACCUGGCGCAAAGAAGCCUGCAGCCAAGAAGCCCGAAAAGAAAUAAUUGUACAACCUUUCGAAAUAAAUCCAUACCAUAAAAAGUA